GUUUCCGCCCGGGCGUAAUUUACAGAAACGCAGGCUGACAGGUGAUUCGAGCUGUGUAGACGUGUACUAGUUGUCAUCCAUCGCUUGUGAUCUUUAAUUGUUAAGGCUUUGCAAUCUAGGCAUUUUACAUUUGAACAACGGAGAAGUUAGUGUGCCUUAUUCCUUAUAGAAACAUGACCUCAGUCGAAGAACUGAAGCUACGAGUGAGAGAGCUGGAGAAUGAGUUGAUCAAGUGUAAGCAAAAGCGAUGUACGGCGAUGUGUGCGGAGGAACCUGCUGACAACAACCAUCCUCAUCACAGACCAAGGAUCGACAAAAUGAGUGCUGAAGUAGUGGACUCAAACCCUUACAGUCGUCUGAUGGCUUUGAAGCGAAUGGGCAUUGUUGAAGAUUACGAGAAAAUCCGGACGUUCACUGUAGCUGUGGUGGGUGUUGGAGGAGUUGGAAGCGUGACUGCAGAAAUGCUCACAAGAUGUGGCAUUGGUAAGCUCAUCCUGUUUGACUAUGACAAAGUGGAGCUGGCCAAUAUGAACAGGCUUUUCUUCCAGCCUCACCAGGCUGGCCUCAGCAAAGUAGAAGCAGCGGAACACACACUCAGGACUAUCAACCCAGAUGUGCAGUUUGAGACCCACAACUAUAACAUCACCACCAUGGACAAUUUUGCACAUUUCAUGGAUCGCAUAAGUCAUGGAGCGCUUCAAGAUGGAAAGGCUGUGGAUCUGGUCUUGAGCUGUGUGGACAACUUUGAGGCCCGGAUGGCCAUCAACACAGCGUGUAACGAGCUGAGUCAGAUCUGGAUGGAGUCGGGUGUUAGUGAGAAUGCCGUGUCUGGACAUAUCCAGCUCAUCAUCCCCGGGGAGACGGCCUGCUUCGCAUGUGCUCCUCCCCUGGUGGUGGCGGCCAACAUCGACGAGAAGACCCUGAAGAGGGAGGGGGUGUGCGCUGCCAGCCUACCCACCACCAUGGGCGUGGUGGCAGGGAUCCUGGUCCAAAACGUCCUCAAGUACCUGUUGAAGUUUGGCACAGUCAGUCACUACCUGGGCUACAACGCUAUGCAGGACUUCUUCCCCACUAUGGCCAUGAAGGCCAACCCCACGUGCGAUGACCGCCACUGCAGGAAACAGCAGGACGUCUAUAAGAAAAAAGAGGCAGAGCGGCCGAAAAAGGUUGUAGAGCAGGCGGUGGAGGAGGAGGUGGUUCACGAGGAGAACGACUGGGGUAUUGAGCUUGUGUCGGAGCAGACGGAACAGGAACUCCAGGCCGCCUCCGGCCCAGUCCCUGACCUCCCAGAGGGCAUCACUGUGGCCUACACCAUCCCUGACAAGGAGACGGGGACAUCAGAAGGGGAGACGGUGGAGGAAACGGAACAGAGUCUAGAGGAGCUGAUGGCUCAGAUGAGGACGAUGUAACUAGGACCGGACAAUCCGUCGUUAUCAUCGUCAUGCAUCGCUUAUCUCAGCAACAUCACAGUGAACCUACACAGCAAAUUGGCCAGUGUUGAUUUUUUUUUUUGUGUGUAACAUUUCUACUAUUGAAGGCGUUAAUGAGGCUUUACAGUAACCAGUGUGGUAAUUUAACACUGAAAAGUGUGGACCCGUAUAGACACUGGAACAGUUACAUUUAAGACUGCGUUGAUUUAACACUGGAGAAUUUGCUGUGUACCACCUUUUUGAAUAACUAAGCAGACGCCACCAAAGCUCUAUUGCAGGAGGUACUGUAUCUUACUGUCUCUCCAUGUUCUAAAAUGGAGGCAAGUUCUAUCUUACCCUCUAACCCUACUACAGUAUCAAUACUCCUUAAUGCAAGUACUUUUGCUCUUUUGACAAAGCGAAUGCCAUGCAUGGUUAAUGACCUUAAGUGCUGCUGUUGAGAAUGAUCUUCAUAUUCCCCAAAGGUAGGAAUUUACUUGUGUACGCCCGUUCAGUAUGGAAGCACAUAGCUGUCGAAUUGUCCAUUUCAGCAUCAGAGAGCACAAACUGAUAGUUGAAAUAACCGAUCCUGACCCUAAAUUGUAUGCAAUUCUCUGAAAUUAAUUAUCUUUCUGUUGUAAUGGACCAGGUACAUACAGAUGUUAUCGGUCUAAUGAAUUAUGCUUAUGUGUCAGCUGUUGACUGAGAGGAAAGAUUGUUGUAACACUCGGAAUUGAAUAUUGCCGACGCUCAGCAUUAAAGCGUGAUUUAAAUUGAAAGGCAAUAUUCCCACUUGAAUGGAGACAGAGUUCACAGUAAAGGUUGCAUGUCGGCUCAAUCGGAAAUGACCUAAACGGUUCUACCACGCAAUCUAACGCUUCAGUGGUAUAGCUUGAACGAUGCCCUAAGCCUCCGAUCUACUACUACUACUACUGUAUAGAAUGCUUAUUAAUGAAUGAAACUGUAUUGUUAAUGCAUUUCCCACCAUCUAAAAUAUUUUUGAAUGAUAGCGAAUGAGGCCUAACAUUUCUCCGCAUGACCAACCUGCUUUUACUGCACCUGCGUCCUGUCUCUCUCUGGUCCAGACCGCGACGAAGAACGAGUGGGCUCUGCAUUCAUUGUUGUGGUGGCACGAAGGACCACUGCUACUCCAUGUCAUGCUCUCAGCUGUUUAAACUGAUAUAUACCUGUAACCCAAAACAGUCUCUGCUGAAACUGUAUUGACUGACUCUCUGUGCACACCUUGUUUCAAUAAAGUAUUUAUUAGCCAGAAUACA